GCAUGAAGCAUCAUUUACCUGUCACUUCCUAAAGAGGACAUAGUUUAUAAAUAUCUUCCAGUAGAGCUGAGGGUUGGGGCUACAAAAGGCCACCCACAACCUCCCCAUUGUUCACUGGCAUCAUUGUUGGUCUGACCUCCCAGCUGCUCAGCCAUGGCCCCCAAGAAAGCCAAGAAGAGGACAGCAGAGGGAGCCAACUCCAAUGUGUUCUCCAUGUUUGAGCAGGCCCAGAUCCAGGAAUUCAAAGAGGCCUUCACUAUCAUGGACCAGAACAGAGACGGAUUCAUAGACAAGAACGACCUGAGAGACACUUUUGCAGCUCUAGGACGUCUCAACGUGAAACAGGAAGAGAUCGAUGAGAUGCUCAAAGAGGCUCCAGGCCCAGUCAACUUCACCGUCUUCCUCACCAUGUUCGGUGAGAAGCUGAAAGGUGCUGAUCCCGAGGAGACCAUCCUCAACGCAUUCAAAGUCUUUGACCCCGAGGGGAAGGGUGUGCUGAGGAAGGAUUAUGUGACACAGAUGCUAACAACACAAGCUGACCGAUUCUCCCCCGAAGAGAUGGAGCAGAUGUUCACUGCCUUCCCGCCGGAUGUGGCGGGAAACCUGGACUACAAGAACCUGGUACACAUCAUUACCCACGGAGAGGAAAAGGACCAGGAGUGAACCUCUUCGCCGAGGUGUUCAUCACACAGAAAGUCUGCCCUUUGCCCGUACAUGACUCGAGACCGACCCACGGCCCGUGAAGGAGAUAUGAACUGUUUAUUUACUCAUUGUUCCUGUAGAGUAUUCACUCGAGAGCACAAGAGGGUCCAGACUAAAUUUCCUCUCCCGCUCCCCCGAAAUGGACAAUUGAUGGCACUGACAUACUGAGCCGCCUUUCUCCCUUUCUGCUUUAUCCACAGUAUGUUCCCACAUUCAUCUGAGACAAGUUAAAUUAUUUUUCCUUAUCAUUUUACAGACUCAGAACCACAUGCUAAUGUCUUUGUUUUUUUUAAUAGUAAAAAAAGAAAAUUGUCCCAUCUGUGCGUGUUCAUCUAAUAAAAGCUUUCAAAGACAGUUA